CUCGUAAUCCAUGAGUGCUCGCUGUUUCCAGAAUCCUUACAAUGAUGUGACGGAUCCAAGACAGCCAUUAGUUAUCAGCCCAGAGUUUUCUAUGCAGCAAGCUUUGGAAUGUAUACAAACUUGUUUCAAGAAUUGUCCACCCAGUCCUCGGACAUUUGAUGGAUGCCUUUAUACCGGCUACAUUGGUAUUGCCUGGGCUGCACUCGACAUCACUCGACACGCGAACGUUCCCUCGACAGCCCGCUCGGUGCUGCUAGGCAACGCAAAACAGCUAGUCGAAGCCGCACUUCGAUCGGUUCAGGAACAGUCAAACGCUCGACGCAUGAACAAAGAAGAUUGCUUGUCGAUACUUUUGGGACAGCCUGGAAUCUGGAUAGCAGCUGUUAUGCUUUAUCAGCAACUCAAUGAUAUGGAACAGCGAAAUCGUUUUCUGGAAGCUUACGUCAAUUUGGCCCCUCACUUCCAACCGGCAGUCAUAUUCCAACAAGGAUCUGAUGAGUAUUUCAUUGGUAGAGCUGGUUAUUUGGCAGGUCUGGCGGUACUCCGGUCGUAUACUGGUGAGCAAUUUAUCGCGGACUCCACAAUUCACUCCAUUUGCGAUGCCAUUCUGCAAUCGGGUGUGAACUAUGCUCGGGCCCAUCGUUCCCCGUGUCCGCUGAUGUAUGCCUACUAUGGUACAGAGUACCUGGGUGCUGGACAUGGAAUGAUUGGUAUCUUGUUCGCUCUGAUGCUUUUCCCGAGCUAUUUGCGAUCUAAUCCGGCUGCAGACCAAGCUGUACAACAGACCCUUCUCUAUCUGAUAAGUAUUACGUCGCCCCAGACAGGUAAUCUGCCCUGUGCGAUGGAUGAAGUUGGACCGCAGCGUCAACGCCCGGAUUCAGAUAUUCUCGUCCACUGGUGUCAUGGUGCCACAGGGGCAAUAAUGGCCUACGCACGUGCCUACUUACUGUGGAAAGAUGAACGCUAUUUGGCCGAAUGUCGCCGUUGUGCAGAGACGGUUUGGCAACGGGGGUUGCUCAAAAAGGGACCAGGUAUUUGCCACGGUGUGGCUGGGAGCGGUUACGCUUUGCUGCUCAUGUUCCGUUUGACAGGUGAACUCGUGUACCUUCAUCGGGCGGCCAUGUUCGCCACAUUCAUGCAGUCGGAUACAUUCCGUCAGGCCCGUCGACCGGACUGUCCACACUCUUUGUUUGAAGGCCUCGCAGGCACGGCCUGUUUCUUCGCGGACCUCGCUGAUCCGUGUAAAUCCGGAUUCCCGUUUAUGAAUCCGCUGUGGGAUGUCGAGUAGAUCACAUCCUAUGUUAUGCUUAAUCAUUCGUGACACACGAGAGGGGAUUUUGCUUUUCAUCCAAUCUCCUCUCUGGAAGAAGCCUUUUAACACUUGUACCAAGAGUCAGUCAUCCUUCUGUAUGCAAACCCGGUUUUCUUUUCAUUGUGUGCGCGUGAUUUGUUUCAAAUAAACAAAAAAAGAUCCAAUUUGAC